AUGUAUGCAGGCCACAGCCUCAGCCCGCCGCUCAUCAAAAGGGUGCGCGAAAUAUACGAGCCUUCCGAUCAGAUCACCGUCGGCUGCCAGCCGCAAAAAAUGGAGAAAGACGAGCCUAUGCCCAGAAUAGUUUGGUUUAUAGACGGCAAACAGGCACCUCCAGGACAACAAGAAAAGUACGGGCGAUCACUAGACGGCAGCUACACUGGCGUCUCAUUGAAUAUACCAGGACAACAGGUGGUGGACGCGGGCGGCAGCGUCCUGGUCGAGUGUCGCCUGUCGCUGGGCGAGUUCGAGGAGCGCGCGUCACAGACGAUCCGCGUGCGCAUGGAGCACAAGUCCUUAGCGAGCGCGCCUAGCGCAGGGAGCGCAGUGGCGGCGCUGGGAACCUCAGCGCUGCUGGCCGCCCUGCUGCUGUCAGCGGCUCUCUGAGGCAGCGCCUCCCUCAGGAGAGGCUCAUGUUUCUACUGCCUUCACGCCAGCCUCAAUUAGCGCCCGGCCUCACGCUGGGGGAGGGCUGAUGUUUCUACUGCCUUCACUCCAGCCUCAGUUAGCGCCCGGCCUCACGCUGGGGGAGGGCUGAUGUUUCUACUGCCUUCACUCCAGCCUCAGUUAGCGCCCGGCCUCACGCUGAGAGACAUAAAGUGAUGGAAUUUUUGUGAAGAUUAAGAGGCAAGCGUGACGGUGAUCUGUGUUGAUUAGGUAUGGAAAAUUUAUGAAAAAUUUUGGAAUGGCUAAUAAGAUUUAAUUAUCGUUAGUCAGGAUGUGAUAGCGAUAAAGACACAACAAAAAUUUAGUGGAUGAAUCAGUGUUACACGUAAAGAAUUGAUGGUGAUUUGUGUCUAGUAUUUGUGAAUAUUUUCCAUUCAGUUGAUAUAAAGGUCGACAAGGCGCUGAAAUUACUGCCAAAUAAUUGCAUGAUCCCGGACAAAACGUGUGAAGAAAACAUCAAAAGGACAUUGUCAUAUUCCCGAGCAUUGGGAUUAUCGUGCUGCAAUCGGUAAAUUUUUAUGCAUAUAAUUUUAGUUGAGGUCAAAUUAAAUUACUUAGUAGCCACUGCCUUCGUUACCAUUCAUAAUGACGGUAUUACGCUCGUCUUACAUCGUCUUUGUUGUGGCCAUACACGUGAAUCAUCUUUUUUACAAGUAAGCAGGUCUAAAGAGCUAAAAACAAGCUGGAUUACCUGCAAACGAUAGAUCCUGAUGAAUAAACUUCAUGGUUUACGCGAUCAUUAGGCUGGUAAUGAAACAUGGGUUUCUUAAUAAAUUGAGAAUGUUUUUCGACUAAGUCUCCAAUUGGAAAAUGAAAAAAAUGUUAUUGCUAAAAAAAUAUUGAAUACUGUGAGGCGUGCAAGUGAGUGAAUCCCAAUAACUGUACAGAUUAGAUAAAGACCAAACUUCUUCUCGUGAUCUCGGUCCUCUAUGUGUGACGUAUGUUGUGUGGCGAAGUUUUCUACCAAAUGCCUGCUAUCUUUUUUACGCGUGUGUUUUAAUGUUCCCUGUAAAUUGUGUAUAUAUCUGGAAAUCGUAAAUAAUAUUAUAUAAAUGAUUAACGUUAGAGAGAUUUACGGUAGAGUUUAUAAUAGCAAAUAUUGUCUUAGUCGACGCUUGUGUUAUUUUUUCAACAACAUCCCAUAGAGAAGGAGAAUUAUUCAUUAUCUUAAGGUCAAUUAAAUGUCUAUGUAAUUCCCUGUAUUUAUUUUUUCUGAAUUCCUCUACCAUUUACAAGAGGGAUAUAAAAUCGGUUGAUAUUAUAAUAUAUCCACAGAUGUUCAGCCUGUUGUUAUGAUUCUGUUUUUUACAAUUGGUAUUGACAAUAAUGUGUAACAUGUAUUGCCUGAACGAUAAAAUAUGCAUUUUGUGAUUUCUUAAAACUUCUUUGGAAGUAUGUUGGACAUACUCUCUUGUUCGUCGUAAAUUAAAUGAAAGCGAAUCAAAUACUCUCAUCUAACUUAAUAUUUUUGCCUAAAUGAAAACGUUCAAUAUAUAUCACGGAACAAGCCGAGUAUUGUAAACGAUGUUUCAGCAGAUAUUAUUCUCUCUAUAAAUAUCAAAUAUGACAUUCGCGUUGAACACACCUUCCCAGAAUCGAGCGACUCGGGAUUAAAGAUUCGUGUGCAUUUUCCCAGACAGCGGCAGAAUCUCAAAGAAAAUAUAAAUAUUCCUCCAGGAACAGCUGCUCUGGGAUGACAAAAUAUCUCGUUAUGGCAGGCUUCCUAUUCUAAACAUAUACGUGAGCGACGUUGAGCUGUGCAGCAACAUACUGAUGUCUGGGCCAGCUGUAUCAGCGAUGCCUGAAGCUUGCAGGUGUAUGGUGACAUGUGCUACCGAAUUGUGAUACGAAGCAAUACGGAGACAUGUGCUACCGGAUUGUGAUAUAUAUAAGGCAAUAUGGAGACAUGUGCUAUCGAAAUGUGACCUAACUUAAAGUGUGAGACAUUGUGGUCUAAAACAAUACGGAUAACAUGUGCUAGCGAGUUUUGAUCGAACCUAAAAUGUGAGAUUAAACCUGAAGCCUGAUGGAACCUAAAACAAUGAUCGCACGCAUCUAACAUAAGACAAACUGAGUUUAUAAACUGAAACUCAGUUAAGACGUGAAUUCUAUAUAUAGAGGGGGAAAAUGUGAUGUUUAAAUACUUAGAAAAUAAAUUGUUUUACCAAUGAUUCCACCGAUUGUUGUGCCCUUCUAUAUAACAAACACCAUAAUUUCCCUCAACUUGCUGUAUAUAGGAUGGAUACCUGUGAAAGUUUUCUUCCUGUACUGUAUAGCGUCCCGACCAACUCUGAUCAGACCGGUGACGGUGGGAACAACUAAAUAUAAACGUCGCUUGUUGUAAACUAGUGUUGUUCAAUAUACCGACCUGCCUUAUGGUUACUGUUUCAUAUACAACCGCAGACAAUCGACCUCCUUUCACUGGCCUUUCAUUAGUUACAUGCUAUCUACGUUUUGAACGUAGGAAUAGCAGUGUAUAAAUUAAACUCCGUCACUCGAUAAUCGCACAUGGACAGA